AGAAACAUACUGACAAGGAAAAGGAAGUGGGUGACGACAACGAUGACGAUGUUGACGAUGGUACGCAGUUAGCGGCAGCCAAGCAGGCGAACUGACGGUGCGACUCGACGGAGCCGGAACCGCUUACCGUGGGAGCUGUCAAGCCGAAUUUACCGCACAGGAUCCCCGCAAGAAUGCCGCGGAGGAAACAGUCCAACCCGCAGCCCGUCAAAUUGGAGUUGGAAGAUGGUGGUGUGGCAGGCAACACGGGCUGUCUGGUUGUGGACGGUGACAUGCUGAUUCGUGGAGAGUUGGGCUUCGGCAAUGCUGAAAUAAUGGGUUUGCACGCAGAUUCUGAUAUGACUGUGUUUUCUCUCCGUGUGGAGGAGGAUCCUUCAGGGCUAACAGACACAGCAUUCCCACCAUUCCUCUCAUGUAAAGGUUGCGAUCAAGUUCUCUGUGACACGCCACUGGGAGCAGGGUUUGAUCUUGGAGUGGGCCAAGAUCUUAAGUCAAAGCUUUACUGUCUCACCUGUGAAGGGGGUAGCCAGAGUGCUGCCUCCAUCGAGUGCAGGCAGGUGGCAGAUGCCAAGAAUGCUGACGGAUCCCUCGAUAAUGCAUUGGACAGAAAGAAAAGCAUCCAAAGUAAAAUGGGUGCAAGUGGCGACCUUCCUCAUAAAAUCUACUACUGCUCACUGUGCACCUUCACUUCCCGUUACUCCAAUCACCUGAAACGGCACAUGCACAUCCAUGACGGCCAGAAACCGUACCGCUGCCCCGCAUGCCCCUACGCUUCCACCCAGCUUGUUAACCUGCAGCGCCACACGCGCACACACACGGGAGAAAAGCCAUACCGCUGCCAUCACUGCAGUUACGCCUGCAGUUCACUUGGCAAUCUGCGCCGGCACCAGCGCAUGCACACACUGGAUCAUCGGCCAAGGAAGGACAAGGACCGUAGAAGAGCCACUAGAAGAAAAGUGAACGGCAAAAGCGAAAAAGUUGUCUCCAACCUGACACUGCAAGUUUCUCAGGACUCGGCUUACCUGCAGGCGCAGAGCAGUCUGAGUUCCACUGCUGGCCCGCUGCCUGUCCUGCUCUUUCCGCUGUGCUGCCGGCUGUGUGGCCUCACGCUGCAGGAGAGUGACCCGGAUCCCAUCAAGAUGGAGGACAGUGACGAUGCCGAUAGACAGUUGUGCCGUCGUUGCUCGUUGGACCUGUUUGUCAAAGAUGGCCUUGAUUGUUCAAGAAGUCAACUUAGGCCUCUGGAGUCACGCCAGGGUGGCAACCAGCUCUACCGCUGCCCCCUGUGUCCCUUUCUGUCCUACUACCCCCACCAUCUAGCCCGCCAUGCCCACAUCCACUCUGAGGAUAAACCUCACCACUGUCCACAGUGCUCCUACACUACCUCCCACCUGGACAACCUCAAACGGCACCUGCGCGUGCACACGGGCGAGAAGCCAUACCAGUGCCCAUCGUGUAGCUACGCCUGUGGCAACCUGGCCAACCUGCGGCGCCACGAGCGCAUCCAUUCGGGCGCCAAGCCGUUCCACUGUGACAUUUGCGGCUACUCUUGCAACCAGAGCAUGAACUUGAAGAGACACAUGCUGCGACACACUGGUGAGAAGCCGUACGCCUGUGGCGAGUGCGACUACACCACGGGACACUUGGACAACUACAAACGCCACCAGAGGAAACACAGACAUGGCGUGGACAACUGGGACCGGCCGGUGGCCCAACAUGGCCUCGACUGGGCCAAACAACAUCAUGAGAACCAGGGACACAGUUAGUCUGCCUUUGCGUGUGUGUGCUUUGACUGAGUGCUUGACUGAUUUUGACUUUGGAUUUUUUGCGACUUGACAAAAACACUUCACACUCACCUUGGACUUGGGAGUGAAAAGACUUGUGACAUGAGACAUGAAAAUAUGUUAUACAUAAAGUUGUAUUCAAAAUAAUAAUUGGAUAAAUCCCUGUUUUAGUCAGAAUUAUAUCACUAUGUUGUAAUAUCACCAAUCACCACGAGAUGGUGGACAUAGCUCAGUUGUGCUUUACACUGGGCCUUGUACCGACCUACACUACAAAUGAGAAGGGCUAAUAUUUUUU